AUGGGUAAAUUGAAGAAACAUCUCGAAGCUUUAAGAUAUACCAUUUUGAUUGUUGGCCAUUCUCUUGGCGGAGCCAUGGCUGCGCUCGCUGCUUCAUAUAUUGAAAAAAUAAAGUUAUUUGAUGGAAACAACAUCAAGGUGGUAACUUUUGGCCAACCAAGAACUGGAGAUAGGGCGUUCGCUGAUGCUCACGGGAAGCAGUUACCUUAUACCUUCCGAGUCACUCAUGAUCAUGACAUCAUACCACAUCUUCCAGUCAAAGGACAGAAGCAAUAUUACCAUCAUAAAUCUGAGGCAUAUUACAACAAUGACAUGACUACAGCGGACUACAUUGAAUGUGACGAUGAGGAAAGUCUGGCAUGCAGUGAUCGCUACAUUGAUGCAUCCUGGAACGAUCAUCACCGCUAUUUUAACGUUUACAUUUCCCGCUGGGGAGAAGCUGGAUGUGUUGGCGAUCCAGCGAACCCUACUGGAGUUCCCUGA